GUUUUCAUUUCCCAAAGAACACACACACACUUAAACACACUACUUUUCCACCAUUUCUUCUUCUACUUCACCUGUGUCUUCUAUUUUAUUUCUUCUUACUUCUUCUCUUCUGUCUGUCACUUUCAUUACUUUUGUUUCCCACAAAAAUAAUGUUUUGUUGUAAAACAAAUUUCUAACAGAAAAUUUCAAAAAAAAAAACCGAAAAUUAAAUCGAAAAUUUUUUCUUUUUCGAUUAUUUGCAGGCCAGUAAGAGAAGUUCGUUCACAAAAACAACAGCGCGCGCCAAAUUAAACACAAAACAAUAAAAAAGUAAAAAAAAAUCUAAAAAUUUUGUUUGAUUAUUACACACACGUGAAUUUGCAUAAAAAUCUAUAAAUAUAGAAGAAAAAGUACUACAAAUAAAUCAAACUAAACUAAAACACAAAUCCCAAUUUAAAACAUAAAACUCAAACUUUUAGUGGCAGUGAUUUGGAGUCUACAUCAAAUGUACGGUUCUGUUAAUUAGUCGGGUAAGUUCUCGUUACGAGGAAAAAGAAAACGUAGCGACCAUGAUGUCGUGUCCCUUGUCUAUCCAAUUGCCCAUAUUACAAUCACUACACAGCGAGCAAGCGUUUUCGCCUAUUCAUAUUGGAGUUAAGGUGAGUCCUCACGAAUAUUAUCACAUAAAAAUGCCGCAAAAAUUUCGUGGUAGCGACGAACUUUUAAGUCAAGCAGCAGUUAUGGCGCCCGCUUCGGACAAUAAUAAUCAGGAUUUAGCCACAAAGAAAGCCAAAUUGGACUCAAGCACCGUGCUGGGUGGAGUUGGUAAACCCUCAAAAGUUAUACAUUUGCGUAACAUUCCAAAUGAAUCCAGUGAUGCUGAUGUCAUUGCCUUGGGUGUACAUUUUGGCCGUGUCACAAAUGUUCUUAUAUUAAAGGGCAAAAAUCAAGCAUUUUUAGAAAUGGCUGAUGAAGUUUCCGCCACCGCAAUGGUCUCAUGUUAUAACAUUAAUCCACCACAGAUGCGCGGUCGCAUGGUUUAUGUACAAUUUUCAAAUCAUCGUGAAUUAAAAACGGAUCAAAAUCAUGGCAAUGCCAUUGUACCCGCUGAUUAUCGCAUACAAUCACCAGCUUCUGGCUCUCCAUUGCCUCUAUCCAACACCACAAAUACAGAUAUCACAGUGGCCGUUUUAACAAAUAAUACAAAUGCUGUUAAUUCUGUAGGCGGUAAUGCCAAUACCGCCGGUGGCCCCAAUACAGUCUUACGCGUUAUAGUCGAAUCUCAAUUGUAUCCCGUUUCCUUGGAUAUCUUACAUCAAAUAUUCCAACGUUUCGGCAAAGUUUUAAAAAUUGUUACAUUUACAAAAAAUAAUACAUUCCAGGCGCUCAUACAAUAUCCGGAUGCCCAUUCGGCUCAGCAUGCUAAAACCAUUUUGGAUGGCCAAAAUAUUUACAAUGGCUGUUGUACGCUACGCAUUGAUAACAGCAAAAUGACUACGCUCAAUGUUAAAUACAAUAAUGAUAAGUCACGCGAUUUUACAAAUCCCUCAUUGCCCCCUGGCGAGCCGGGAGCCGAUAUUAUGCCCACCGCUGGCGGUUUAGUAAAUGCCAAUGAUUUACUAUUGAUAGCGGCCCGUCAAAGGCCCUCUUUAACAGGUGAUAAAAUAGUAAAUGGUUUGGGAGCACCUGGUGUGUUGCCACCAUUUGCCCUGGGCAUUGGUACUCCCUUGGCUGGAGGCUAUAGCAGUGGUAUACCCAAUUUGGGUGCUUUUGCUCUUGCCAAUAGUGGUGCUCUACAAACAGCCACCCCUGCUUUGCGUGGCUUCUCGAAUGUGUUGCUUGUUUCGAAUUUAAAUGAAGAGAUGGUCACGCCUGAUGCUCUAUUUACCCUCUUUGGUGUUUAUGGCGAUGUGCAACGUGUAAAGAUUUUAUACAAUAAAAAGGAUUCAGCUCUUAUACAAAUGGCCGAACCACAGCAAGCUUAUUUGGCUAUGAAUCACCUUGACAAAUUACGCUUGUGGGGUAAGGCGAUACGUGUUAUGGCCAGCAAACACCAGGCUGUACAACUGCCAAAAGAAGGACAACCCGAUGCCGGCCUUACACGUGACUACUCUCAGAAUCCAUUGCAUCGAUUCAAGAAACCAGGCAGCAAAAACUAUCAAAACAUCUAUCCGCCAUCGGCGACAUUGCAUUUAAGUAACAUUCCAUCAUCUUGCACUGAGGAAGAUAUAAAAGAAGCCUUUACCACUAAUAAUUUCGAAGUAAAAGCUUUCAAAUUUUUCCCUAAGGAUCGUAAAAUGGCCUUGUUGCAACUGUCCUCUGUUGAAGAAGCCGUUUUGGCUUUAAUCAAAAUGCACAAUCAUCAAUUGUCAGAAUCAAAUCAUUUACGUGUUAGUUUUUCGAAAUCAAAUAUCUGAACCAAUAAUUAUUAUCAUCAAUUUCACCACAACCACCACCACCACCAACAAUACCACUACAACAACCACCAACAACAACAACCACACUAUUAUUUAUAUACAACUAAAAAUCUAUUAUUACCCGCAUGAAUCUUUUAAAGAGAUUUAAGAUUUAUAAAUAAUAUUAAAACAAAAAACAAAAUUAAUAAAUAAUAAAAAUAAUAAUUAAAGGCAGCAUAUUUUAUAGUAUAUAAUACUAAAAAAUUAAAAUUUAAACCCAACAACAACAACUACAUACAUACAUACUACAACAACAACAAAAUUAACAAUAAGUUAAGCUAACUACAGAAUGAAAAUGAAAUCAAGAAGCCAAGUCAUAACAAAAAAACAAACAAACAAACCCAUAAUAAAAAUAAGUAAGAACAAUUUCUAAAAUUGAUCAAAAAUCCCCGGCGUUAAGAAAUUUUUUUGUAAUUUUAAGUUUAAAACAAAAACUAAAGCUAAAAAGCAAACAACACACAGAAAAUUGUAAAAAAAAUCAACAACCUACACAACAAUAGUUAUUUAAAGAACAAAAACAACCAACUAUAGCAUACAAUUUACAUUAACAAUUAAUUAAUUAAUUAAAAUUAUAAUUAAAAAAGAAAAACCUCUUCUUACGCCCCCAAAAACUCCUCCCCUUAAAAAAAACUUUCCCCCUUUUGAUUAAAGCAUAAGUAGGAAUUUUAACAAAACAAGAAGUAUUAGCAAGUAAUGAAAUUAAAAUUUAUUAAAAAACAUUUUCAGUGUAACUUUGUUUUGUUUAAUUUUCUUUUAUAAAUUUUAUUACUCUUUUUAUUUCCCCCUUUUAUUUUUCUUAUAACUUUUUUAAACUAUGUAUUUUUUUAUGCUCAUUUAUUUAACUUUUAAUUAUAUUUAAUAUAAAAAAAACUUUUAUUUAAAGAAACAAACACACGUAAACACAAAAUGAAUGUGAAAUUUUCUACUUUUUAAAUCAAAUAUCUAUGUAAUAUUAAUCUCUACUCUUUUUUUAAAUCUAAAAUUUGUUUUUUUUAUAAUUAUCUCUUACUAUUGGAUGUGAACUUAAAUUUAGGAUAUGAACAAAUAUUAUAUAUAUUAAAUAUAAAAACAAAAAAUAUAAAAAAUUUAUUAAAAAUAAAACAAAAAAAAAACAAAAAAAAAAAA